UAUGAGCCGUCGCGUGCGGAUGACGUGUUACGGUAGGCGACGCGCACAAGAGUCACAAGAGCUGGCUUUGCUCGAGUGCACACUUUUGGGAAAAGGACAGCUGAAGACGAGACCGGACGCUCGAGACAAUGGCACAGGCGCCGGACUCCAUCCUGCACAGCGGCUACUUUCACCCCACUCUGAGAUACUGGCAGACAUGUGCAUCAGACCUUAGACCUGACAAUCUCAUCUACCCCAUUUUCGUAACAGACAGUCCUGAUGCGGUGGAACCUAUUGCGAGUCUGCCAGGACAAGCAAGAUACGGUAUCAAUAAGCUCGAAGGAAUGCUGCGUCCGCUCGUGGAAAAAGGUCUGAAAUGCGUACUGAUUUUUGGAGUUCCAGCCAAAGUCGCAAAGGAUGAUCGAGGCUCUGGGGCUGACACUGACGACACUCCUGCUGUUCAAGCUGUGAAGAAACUGCGAGCUCUGUUCCCUAAUCUGGUGCUGGCUUGUGACGUGUGUCUCUGUCCUUACACGUCCCACGGUCACUGUGGGAUCCUUCGUGAAGAUGGCACCCUGGAUAACGCAGCCAGUUGUAUGAGACUGGCAGAAGUGGCUCUGGCGUACGCACGUGCUGGUUGCCACAUAAUCGCUCCGUCCGACAUGAUGGACGGACGGAUUGCGGCCAUUAAGCAGGCACUCAUAUCCAAUGAGCUCGGCAACAAGGUAUCAGUGAUGAGCUACAGUGCCAAGUUUGCUUCCUGUUAUUACGGGCCUUUCAGGGAUGCCGCUCAGUCCAAGCCAGCUUUCGGAGACAGGCGAUGCUACCAGCUGCCCCCUGGUGCCCGAGGACUUGCUCUGCGAGCCUGUGAGAGAGACGUGAAAGAGGGAGCUGAUAUGCUGAUGGUGAAACCAGGACUGCCUUAUCUUGAUAUUUUGAGAGAGGUUAAAGAUAAGCACCCGACACACCCCCUGGCGGUGUACAACGUGUCCGGAGAGUUUGCGAUGCUGUGGCACGGAGCGCAGGCCGGAGCCUUUGACCUGCGUACAGCCGUCCUGGAAUCCAUGACCGCCUUCCGCCGGGCAGGAGCAGACAUCAUCAUCACCUACUACACUCCUCAGCUCCUCACAUGGCUUUCAGAGUGACAGAGUGACACGCCGCAGCGCUCUCACGGAUUACUUCUGAUUUAUUCCUAAAGCUUUGCGACUCUAAGGGCAUUAAGAAUUGAUAUUAAAGAGAUGAGUUGUGAAAUUCUAAUAUUAUAAAAUUCAAAUAUAGCAAAUUAACACAUCCACCUAAAAGCAGCUAGCUGUCAUUACAGUGAUUACACAACUUUGACUAAUUUCUGCUUCUUCUUUUUUUUUGUUUUCCUAGUACAAAUUAUGAUUAUAAUUUGUAUAUGAGUAUAAUUAUGUUUAAAUGUGAAAAGUUGCCUUUGUGUCAAUUCUGUGACUGGAAUAAACAACAUUUUGUUUUGUAA